GGCAUGUUGCACCAUCAAAAUGUCUAUAUAAAGAGAUUUGCAUGAAGAUUAAGUGCAUACAUUCUCUACUAUAUAUCAUCGAGCAAAUCACUAUAUUUUCCGGCGAAAAUGGUCACCAUCAACGAGAUCCGCCAUGCGCAACGAGCUGUGGGGCCGCCCACCGUGUUGGCCAUCGGAACAGCCAACCCUCCCAAUUGUUUUGAUCAAAGCACUUAUCCUGAUUAUUUUUUUCGUGUCACCAAUAGUGAAGAUAAAAUUAAGUUAAAGCAAAAGUUUGAGCGCAUGUGUGAGAAAUCAAUGAUUAAAAAGAGAUAUUUUCAUUUAACAGAAGAAAUCUUGAAAAAAAAUCCUAAUAUUUGUGAAUACAACUCUCCGUCGUUGAAUAUACGGCAAGAAAUCAUGAUCGUUGAGGUUCCAAAACUUGGGAAGGAGGCAGCGGAAAAGGCCAUCAAUGAAUGGGGUCAGUCAAAGUCCAAAAUUACACAUUUGGUAUUUUGCACCACUAGUGGUGUGGAUGUUCCUGGGGCUGACUUUCAACUCACUAAGCUUCUUGGACUUGAACCAUCAGUGAAACGAUUCAUGAUGUGUCAACAAGGGUGCUUUGGUGGUGGCACUGCACUUCGAUUAGCUAAGGACUUAGCUGAGAAUAACAAAGGUGCUCGAGUCCUUGUUGUUUGCUCAGAGUUAGCCAAUUUUCUUUGCCUCCGUAGCCCAAAUGAAAUGGAGCUUGAUGUUUUGGUUGGGCAAUCCCUCUUCAGUGAUGGGGCAUCUUCUGUUAUUAUUGGCUCAGAUCCAAUCACAAAUGUGGAAAAACCUUUGUUUGAGCUUGUAUUCGCAACUCAAACUCUUGUCCCAAAUAGCCAACAUGCAAUUACGGGUUACCUAAGUGAGGCUGGGCUGAAAGCCCAGAUACAUAUGGAUAAUCCCAUGCUCAUCUCAAGAAAUAUUGAGAGGAUCCUAGUGGAAGCAUUCAAACCUCUUGACAUUUCUGACUGGAACUCCAUUUUUUGGGUAUCUCAUCCAGGUGGACGUGCCAUUUUGGAUCAAAUUGAAUUCAAGUUAGGUCUAAAGCCUGAAAAACUCAAGGCUUCACGGAAUGUCUUGAGUGAUUAUGGGAACAUGGCUAGUGCUUGUGUUUUGUUUGUUUUGGACGAGAUGAGGAAAACCUCUAUCACCGCAGGAUUGGGUACCACAGGUGAAGGCCUUCAAUGGGGCGUACUUUUUGGCUUUGGUCCUGGCCUAACUGUUGAGGCAAUCGUCCUCCGUAGUGUUUCUGUUUAGGUCACAAAAAUAUAGAGAAAUCUAUCAUUUUUGUAUUUGUUGGUAAUGAAAUGUUAUUUGCGAUUAAUAAUGAAAUAUG